AUGCCGGUGAUCCAGUCCUUCUUCAAGAGAGUUCUCAGCCUUCCGUCUCCUGUACUAUGGCAGGUGCGCCAUCGCUCUGAGCUAGCGCCCCGUAAGGUCAAAUACAGGAAAGCUCAUAAGGGCCGUGUCAUCCUUCCCACUGGUGGCUCAACCAAGGGGACCACCCUCCAAUUCGGAGAUUAUGGCAUCCGCAUAGUUGGUGAUGAAGGUGGGCGCAUUACCGCCAAACAACUCCAAAGCGCCGAUAAUGCUUUGAAGCGGAAGCUGAAAGUGGUCAAAGGCUCAAAUGUUUGGAUGCGUGUCUUUCCUGAUAUACCAGUCUGUGUGAAGGGAAAUGAGACGCGCAUGGGCAAGGGAAAAGGGAGCUUUGAAUAUUGGGCAUGCAGGCAUGUCACUGUUCCGGUUAUUUUCGAAGUAGGAGGAGGGGGUUUGCGAGAGGAGAUAGCACGAGAAGCCCUCAAACUGGCCGCUGUUAGGUUGCCUUUCAGAACGGAAUUUAUCACACCCGCGUCCCCGCCUAGACUUGGGAAUCUACUGGUUCCUCUCCCGACGCCUUCCACUGAAUCUUCGUUUUCACUUGUAAAUGUCCCAACCGAUAAUGCCUCAUAA